CCAAUCUGAACGCAGACGAACAAAUUCCUACUAAAGUUUAGCAAGCCUGUCUAGAGGUUGUUCGAAAUCCGCCUUGUAUUCAUACUCACAAGGCUCACUCAAUUAAGAGCCAUCAUGUCGGGACCCGUCGAUCAACCAUUCGCUAGUAGCCCAGAGGAACGCAAGAAGUCUGGCGUUAAGUUAUCCACUAAUCCCAAUGCUCUCCCGUCAGAAUUCAAAGAAGGCACCCGUGUCAGAAUGUCAGUAGUCAUUGGCGGGACCAUGGCUCCAAGGAUAUUUAAAAUCCUGAAGAUAUCUUACAACGAACAGAGAAAGGUUUGGCAGUACCAAUUAGAGUUUAGGGAGGCCAUCUAUUCUGAGGAGGGGAAGGAGUGGUUCGAUGAAUCUGAUUUGAAGAGGGUUAAGAACCGCUAGCUUCGGAAUACACUGCAGUCACAUUCAUGCACGUUUUGCCGAGUGGGUAUAACGUGGCUGACUUGAGGGGAGCCGGUGAGCCUGCGCAGACCAGUUAUAAGCUCAAGGAAUCACCAUCAGUGCUCUUAUGGCGAGCCAGAAGUCCAACCUAGU